AUGCACUUGCAAAGCGCUCUUGCAAAAAUUAUAGACCUCGCCAAAACUGGGAGUGACGAAACUAAAAUGGACGAGGUUGCCAUGAUGCUGGGCAUAGCUGUUUUCGUACUUCACGCUCUACCAGAAGUCGUCAGUCCACCAAACUUACAGUUCCCAUGUAUAAACCACUUCCGUCUUGUCAUUCAGUCUGAAAAUAUUUAUAUAAGACUCAAAUGCGUGCAAACUCUAAGAACGAUCUUUCUUCAACAAGAUCGCAGUAUAAGUACGCCUUACAUUCACGCACUUGCUCCAAGAAUAGUUGAGUACUUGUACAGUGAUCAGAGCAAGCAAGUAACAAAUGACGAGGAAUUACAAUUCACUUUGGAAUGCAUUACGACGGUCGAUAGUCUCAUCGCAUUAGCAGAACCUACGCGGNUUCAAUUAUAUUAA